CGGAUGGCCCGGGGCGGGGCGGCCUCGUCCCCGUCCCCAGCCGGGUCCCUAGUCCCAUCCCCCUCCCAGCCCUCGGCUCUCCCAGAUCCUUCCCCCGCGCCCUUCUUUCCUUCCCGCUUUCCCCGGGAGAAACAUGGCCGGGAGCAGCGAGGAGGCGCCAGACUACGGGCGAGGCGUCGUGAUUACGGAUGACUGGCCAGGAUAUGACUUGAAUUUAUUCACGUAUCCACAGCACUAUUAUGGAGAUUUGGAGUAUGUCCUCAUACCUCAUGGCAUCGUUGUGGACAGAACUGAGCGGCUGGCUAAGGAUAUUAUGAAAGACAUAGGAAACUGUGACAUUAUGGUCCUGUGUGUGCUUAAAGGAGGCUACAAAUUCUGCGCGGAUCUUGUAGAACAUCUUAAGAACAUCAGUAGAAAUUCGGAUCAAUUUGUCUCUAUGAAGGUUGAUUUCAUCAGACUGAAAAGUUACAAGAACGACCAGUCCAUGGGCGAGAUGCAGAUAAUUGGAGGCAAUGAUCUUUCAACACUGGCUGGAAAGAAUGUCCUCAUUGUUGAGGAUGUUGUUGGAACGGGGAGGACCAUGAAGGCGCUGCUCAGUAGCAUAGAGAAAUACAAGCCCAACAUGAUUAAAGUAGCCAGUUUGCUGGUGAAGAGAAGACCUAGAAGUGAUGGCUUUAGACCUGACUAUGUUGGAUUUGAGAUUCCAGAUCUGUUUGUGGUGGGUUAUGCCUUAGAUUACAAUGAAUACUUCAGAGAUCUGAAUCACAUAUGUGUGAUCAAUGAACACGGCAAAGAAAAGUAUCGAGUCUAAAGAAGUAAACUCUCACCGUCGAAUCUCCGGAUAACAUCGUACUUACGGACUACAGUCAGAAAGCCAGCAUGUGAAGUUUGUCUCCCCAGGGACCUUCACUCAGCAGGAUAUACAAAAAAAAAAAAAAAAGAUGUUUUAAUGAGAGAGCUUUCUUUUCAGAGGUAUAACACAGUACCAAAGGUUCUUAAGAAAAAAAAAAGCAAUGCUUUUAUUUGACUUGUUCCAAAUUAAAUAUUCUGUGCUGUGACUCAUGAGUUCUAUCUACCUUCACACUCCUGAACUUUCCCUUUUUUUUUUUAUUUCAAUGCAGUCAUUAUGCUUGAUUACUAUACCCCCACCUAGUUACUCAAAUAUUUUUCACCUAAUUUUUUUUCAAUAUUCCAUUUUGGUAAUGUUUUGCAAUCUGAAAACUGAAAACCUUUUAAGUUAAGCUCUGAACCCAUAUACUGGGAAUGCAACUAGAUUCCCAUCCUUUAAAAAGGAGGGAAAGGACAAUUUAACAUAAAUUUGUUUGUGCAUUUCUGGCAGGCCAUUACUAUUUGCUUUGACAAACCCUUUUUGAACUGUAGCGUAUAAUGAAUCUUAAUGAUGUUAUGAAAUGAGCUUUUGCUCAGUGCUCUUGAUCGGAGCUUCCGGUAUGUGAUAACGGUAUGUCAUGUAUGCAUGGAUGUACUCAACUGUGUUUAAUACUCUGAAUUUUAAUUAGAAAAAAUACAAUGACAGCAAGGCUCUCGUUUCUAAGCUGCAUCCUUUUAUUGAUGUGGGACAUGAGCAAAUGGCAGAAUUGGCGGGGGGGGGGGGCGGGGGGAAGGGGUUGAAUUCUCGAAACUAUGAGUUUUUCCUCUUAUUUGCAUCAAAGGACAAGACGCUAUUAUACAUUAUCAUCAACAUGAACACAGAGGUUGAAUUUUUUUUUGGAGUGGUCUCAUAAGACUUAUCAAAUGACCCAUGGCAUUACAGAAAACAAGCACACACUUAAAGUUUUUUCUCAGUAACGUUUUUUUUUUUUCCAUUCCCAUUGUUUUAUGAGAUGUUUUCUAAUUUAUGGGGAUUCUAAUUGAAAAUAAACUCGAGUGCCAAUAGAACUGUUUUUUUCUCCUUCCUAAAAGGAUAAAAUGCAAAAUAAAUAACUAAGCAGGCUUUGUUUGGUUCUGAACCAUAUGUGGCAUAUUGUUAUCAGGUUCUAGCUUCCUUUGAACUAAUAAAGAAUAAGAAACCUUGUUACAUUUCA